AUGAUGACCAAUGAAGAGAUAUGGCAAGAUACAGUUGAUGCAAAAGAGAAAAUGUUGUCAGAGGGCAAAAGCGCCCAGAAUGACCUGAAGUUCUUGCAUUCUCUUGUCCCCAUCGACCUGGCAAAGCGCCUUAUCAAAAUAUACACUCAAUUUGUUCAUCCGCGGCUACCUAUCCUUUCACGAGAGGACUUAGAAAGCAUGAAAGAAACUUCUCUUAUGUCGACUCGAACUGGUCUCAUAAGCGCCAUUUACGCUAUGGCAACUCCCUUCAUGUUCCUAGAUGACGAACUCAGCCUCACAAAAGGCUAUUCAGAUAUCUCGGUCAACACUCUCUGGGACAUCGCAUAUCGCAGCUUCCACCGAAAUUAUUCACUCGCGCACAUUUCCCAGUUGCAAUUGGGUCUUCUUCUCCUUCAGAAACCACCAGAUAACUUUGCGGUCGCUGACUCACCGGAAUCUUGGGCCCUGUCAUGCUCUUGUCUGGCAAUCGCCGAAAGCCUGGGUAUAAACUUGGAUCCAGGUGGAUGGAGACUUCCGCGAAGUGAAAUUACUCUUCGAAGGAGGCUUUGGUGGCUAAUGUAUACUCAGCACACUUGGCAUGCACUUUGCUUUGGCCGCUCAGUGCAUCUGAAUGAGGAUAAUUGGGAUGUCAAAGAGCUUACAUUGGAUGAUCUUGAGAAUGAUUUCCAAGAUCCGGCUAUCGAGGAUGGAGUCACAUGUUACAUCCCACUCUUUUUGGCAGAAUGCCAAUUGAGUGUUAUUGGAGCAGAUGUUCUGAAAGAGUUCUAG